UCUCCCUUUCUUCAUCUUCCCAGCUCACUGCUCUCUCCUCUCCAACUCCAAUCAUCCAAGCUCGCAAGCUACGAGGGGAGGCUCUCACCUGCGCAGAUCUGGAUAGCAAAACCGGGAAGCAAUCAAUGGAGCAACUAGCCAAGUGCAGGGGCAUCCCAGCUUGGGCGGCGGCGUACGCCAGCGAUCCGUCCUCGUCCUCAUGGGAGGAGCGGGCCUUCGCACGCGAUGCCGCGGCCGACCUGCUGGUGUGGCCGCCGCGCUCCUACUCCUGCACCUUCUGCCAACGCGAGUUCCGCUCGGCCCAGGCGCUCGGCGGCCACAUGAAUGUGCACCGCCGAGACAGGGCACGUCUCCGUCAUGGCGACGACGACCAAGCCCAACAAGAACAAGCUGAUGAACCGCACGAGGACGACUCUACCAGUGCGAUGUACAAGCAGCUAGAGCUAUUCCGUAACCCUAGUACCACCACUCCUUCUUCCCACCUAUCAACCAUCAACAAGGAGAGGAAUAACAACAAGGUCGCCGUCUCCAUAGCAGUGAGAGAUCAAGAAGCUGCAGAUCACCAGUACGAUAACAGACAGGAUUUGGAAUUGUCGGGGAGGAGGAAGAGGAGGCGUGUAAAUCAGGCGCCGGUGGCCCUUGCCUCGCCAUAUGAACAAGGGGCCUUCCUUGAUCAUUCCAAGGUAAUUAUGAAAACAAUCUCAAACCCUAGUAGUUCUAGUCUUAAUCCCCAUGUGGAUCAAGGAGAAGUAGAUCUGUACCUCAAGAAACAAGGACUGGUAGAUCUAGAGCUUAGGCUUGGGGCUAAUCCAAAUGUUGCAUCACACGCAACUUAGUUUCUCGAAUGCAAAAAUUGAAAUCGAUGGAUUCUUUUCCACUCGUGUGCUUGAUGCAACUUUGUUUCUAGCUCCUCGUUAAAUUUGCUUCCGUUUCCUUUCGCAAAAUAAAAAUAAAAAAAUUGCUUCCCACUCUUUAUAAUUGCUUUGUUCAUUGUUUCUCUUCGAUAAAUUCUUCGUUGUUGGCCAAAGGAUCGUUUUACAUGAUGAUGUAUAUAUCUCCUUCGUUUCAGCUGUUGAAAUGUAUAUGUGCUAGAGUUGUAUAAGAAAUUGUAUACAUGUAGUUGUUUGUUCUGAAGUCUUGUGUCAUGUUGAAUUGUAAUUUUCACGUAAUUAGUUUACAGAUCAAUAUUAGUUUUCUAAAUUGUUA